AUGAAGAUUCUUACGCAAGACGAAAUCGAAGCUCAUCGCUCUCAUACGCUUAAAGGUGGUAUCGAAGGUGCCCUUGCCGGGUUCGCCAUCUCUGCUAUAAUUUUCAAGGUUCUGCCAAGAAGGUAUCCAAAGUUCCAGCCUUCUACUCUUACGUGGUCCAUAAAAACUGCGCUUUGGAUUACCCCACCUACCGUCUUGACCGCCAUUUGCGCAGAGGAAGCCUCGAACAGUUUCGAUGCUACCAUGUACGGGUCUGGUUCAUCCUCAGAAGACGCCCUAGACGAACAUAGAAGAUGGAGGAGUCUAAGUACGAAAGAGAAGUUCGUCGAAGGCCUGAAUAAUAACAAAUACAAGAUCAUUACCGGUGCCUGGGCCGCAUCGCUAUAUGGGUCGUGGCUAAUUGUCAAUAAGGACCCCAUCAUGACCAAGGCUCAGAAAAUCGUGCAGGCAAGAAUGUACGCUCAGUUCAUCACCGUGGGACUGCUGUUGGCUUCCGUUGGUUUGAGUAUGUAUGAGAAUAAGUUGCAUCCUAAUAAACAAAAGGUCAACGAAAUGCGUCGUUGGGAGAACGCCCUAAAGGUCGCCGAAGAGGAAGAGAGGCGAGAGAAGGAAGGGAGGAGAACCGGCUAUGUCUCUAAUGAAGAGAGAAUUAGUUCCAAGAUUUUCAAAUCGUAA